AUGACUUUGGGCAGUGUUUGCAGAGUUUGGAUUGUGUGUAUGUUGUUGUCCGGGACCCUGAGCCUGGGCUGUGAGAGGCUGCAGUUACUGCAAGUUCUCAACACGGACAGUCUAGACAAACUGAAUGAAAUGGGUGGCCACCUCUCCCGACAGUGUAGGACUGAGCGGCGGUCGUUGGAUUCCAAGCCCUUGGACCUGGUGAAACUUUCCACGGGAAUUCAUGCCCAUGACAAGAUCCAGAUUGUCCAUCAAACACUGCAUCACCUCCGCAGGAUCUACAGCAUGAAGCUGAGCUCAGUAACGUGGGUCCAGGCCACAGUGGAACACUUCACACUUCUUUUGGAUCGGCAGCUCAGAGAGCUGGAAGUCUGUGUCAAGAAAGCAAGCCCAGGGUCCAGGGCAAGGAAGAAUGCCACAGUUCUUAAAUAUUUUAAGGAUCUGACAAAGUUUCUGAAACAAAAGGGAUUCAGUGACUGUGCCUGGGAAAUAACUUACACUGAGAGCAGGGCACAUUUACAACAGCUCCUUCUCAUCAUGGCAACAAUCAGCAAGGAAUACUGAAGAUUUUUUAAGACUGAUUCUUAAGAGACUAUAAUUAACGACUAUUUAUUUAAAAUAUCACCUUCUGAUUGUCAGAAUGUGCAACUUCAGCAUUUUUUGACUACUAUAUAUAUUUUUCUGAUACUGAUGUGAAUUUCAUCUUGCAAGAGAUGGAGAACAAAGAUCUUUUGGCUCGUAUUUAAGUGUUGUUUUAAUUUGU